AUGACCCUUACCCUGCCUCCUACGAUGAAGGCUGUCGUCUGGACCGGGCCCAACAAGGUUGAGGUCAAGCAGAUUCCUACUCCCCAGAUUGUUGACCCAACCGAUGUCAUUAUUCGAACCACCACCAGUGGCAUUUGCGGCUCAGACCUCCACAUCUACCGCGGCCACCUUCCUGUCCCGGAGGGCUACCCCAUCGGCCACGAGGUCGUUGGAGAGAUCGUUCAAGUGGGCAGCGAUGUCAGGAAGUGGAAAGCUGGCGACCGCGUCAUCGCCCCCUUCAGUGCCUCGUGCGGUGACUGCUUCUACUGCAGGAAGGGCGAGACUGCCCGUUGCCAGAAGGGCGCCGUCGACGGCGGUGGUCAAGCCGAGUACAGCCGCCUUCGCUUCGCCGACGCCAUGCUGUUCGCACAGCCGGACAACGUGCCAGAGGCAUCCCUCGUCCUGUUGGCCGACAUCCUCCCCACUGGAUACUAUUGCGCUUCCAGCGCCAAGCGCAUGAUGGUUGAGGCAGAGGGGCGCUUUGGCGACGACCUGGCCAACCCCGAGAAGACCAAGGAGGGUGUAUGUGUGGUCAUUGGCUGUGGACCCGUCGGUCUCUGUGCUAUCAGCUCGGCUAUCGAGAUGUUUGAGACAGUGUUUGCGACCGACCUCGCUGUUCACCGUCUCGAGGGCGCCAAAGCUCAUGGUGCCAUUGCCCUCCCUGCUGGUGAGCUAGAAAAGGCGGUCCUUGAGGCCACCAAUGGCCGCGGUGCCGAUGCGGUCUGCGAAGUUGUGGGCCACACGAGCGCUUUCGACAAGGCCUUCGAGCUCAUUCGCCCCUUCGGUGUCAUCAGCAGUGCGGGUGUGCACACCCACGAGAUCAAGCUGUCAGGCUGGAACCUGUUCGAGAAGAACCCUCGAUUCCAGUUCGGCAUGUGCAGCUCACAUUACUACUUCCCAGCCGCCCUCGAGAUUCUGAAGAAGAACAGAGACCUCUUCGCCAAGUUUAUCGAGCACAAGAUUCAUAUUGAUAAGGCUGAGGAGUACUACAAGCUCUUCGAGCAGAACAAGAUUGGCAAGACUGUGAUUUCCUUUGACGAGAAGGCCACCUAA